ACCGCGCCUGUCCCCGCCCCGCGCCUUCCUCCAUGAUCCGCGCGGGGGCGGCCGCGCUGAGGGCCUGGAGCCGGGGCCGGGGCUGGGCCGCGUUCUCGACCGCGCCCCCGGCCCCGCCCGCGGCCCCCGAGCCCCGCAGGGUGUCCCCAGAGGAGCCCCCGGUGCCCUCCCCGGUGCUGCGGAGCUGCCGUGUCCCCGUGGUGUCCCCGCUGUCCCCCGUGCAGGCCUGGGUGGAGUCCCUGCGUCACCCCGAGGACACGCUGCGGGGGCUGGCUGACCUGCACCCCGACGUCUUCGCCGUCAGCCCCAGGCUGGACAUCCUGCACACGGUGGCCACGUGGCAGAGGAACUACAAGAGGAUCAGCCACGCCCGCGUGCGCAGCCGGGCCGAGGUGCGGGGCGGGGGCCGCAAGCCCUGGCGGCAGAAGGGCUCCGGGCGCGCCCGGCACGGCUCCGUCAGGUCCCCGCUCUGGAGGGGCGGUGGCAUCGCCCACGGCCCGCGGGGCCCCACCAGCUACUUCUACAUGGUGCCCAUGAGGGUGCGGGUGCUGGGGCUGAAGGUGGCCCUGAGUGUGAAGCUGAUGCAGGACGAGCUGCACGUGGUGGACAGCCUGGAGCUGCCCAGCAGCGACCCCCGGUACCUGCUGGAGCUGGCCCGGGCCCGGCGCUGGGGACACUCCGUGCUGGUGGUGGACACCAAUGAGUUCCCGGAGAACAUCAGCGCCGCGGCCGCGGGGCUCAAAUCCAUCACCCUCAUCCCCGCCCUGGGGCUCAACGUGCACAGCCUGCUGAAGCACCAGACGCUGGUGCUGACCCUGGACGCCGUCGCCUUCCUGGAGCAGCGGCUGCUGUGGCACGACUCGCGUUACUCGCCCCUGGUGCCCUUCUCCCUGCCCCACCGCGACCUCCCCCCGCCCGCCUGAGACCCCCGGGUGGGAUCUGCCCCCCCCGGGUGGGAUCUGCCCCCCCCCGGGUGGGAUCUGCCCCCCCAUGGGGCAGGACUCGGCCCCGAUCCCGCCGGGAAGGAUUUGGGGACGCUGUGGCACAACGAGGUUUUGUCCCCUCUGCGUGUCCUGGAGGAUUUCCUGGGGCUCCCCGGGUGGGAUCUGCCCCCCCCCCCGGGUGGGAUUUGCCCCCCCCCGGGUGGGAUCUGCCCCCCCAGACCGGAUCCAGCCCCCCGGUUGGGAUCCAGCCCCAUUCCCGUUGGGAAUUCGGGGCUCUCGGCCGCUGCUGUGGCUCUUAAAGGGAUUUUUUCCAUG